AUGGAUCCUAACACUGUGAAAAAGAUUGCCAAAGACUAUUCCUACCAAUACGUGUGCCAAGGAGAUCCAAUAUGGGCCAACAAUUUGACUUUACCCUCGGGCUUCUUUGAAAAUGCUAUAAAAAACCGUGUAGACCAAGAAUAUGAGUUGAUAAGAGCUCUCAUCGAUCAAAGGGUGACCCUGAUUACUCUAUCCUCUGCCCCGGAAAAGGUGUACAAAUGUCUCGAGCACAUCUUGAAUCAAUAUGAAGGAGAACACGAGCUUCACCAUGCCUUUGAUGUUCGGCGGCUUCCUAUACCAAGAUUAUUCAGUAUCUUACCAAAACCUUCAGUGCACUGGAGAUCUUUGGCUAUCAGUGCGAACGCGUUGUCUGUCUUUGUCAAGAAUCAAUUGCCUAGAGGCUAUGCCAAUCAACUUUAA